CAUUACGUCUCUCGGCAUCCUUUCACCUUACUCUCUUCCAGCGGUCAUUGCAUUUAUAAAGCUCGCUUUUUUAGUAUGAUUUCAGGAUAUAAUUUUUGCACAGGACGUUAGCAUACUGUAGCCCAAAUUUGUUCAGCUUCAGAAGAUCAGUUUGGAAGUGUGUGGUUCUCUCUUUUUGGCUUGUGGGUUCCCAUGGGCAGUGUGCUGGCCUUGUCAUCCCGUCCAGGGCGUCAGAACUCCCCCUUUCCAGAAAAUAGACCCCUGUCACGUUGGGACAGGAGAGAUGGACGGCUGCCCAAACCAGGGAGUUUUGAUGGCCUCCACCGCAACUGUAAAGAUGUGUUUCCACAGCAGAUUGAAGGUGUAAAAUUGGUGAUAAACAAGACCCUCAGCAGUUUUUUCAAGGUCAGUCACACAUUUCAACUCAGUGCUGUCGCUCCUUCCAGUUAUCGCUUUCACGCUGAACACUUACAAUCAGACACUGACAGCAAAGAAACGGGCUCACCCAUGCUUAUUGGGGAAAUGGACUCCACGGGCAGCUUAAACGCUCACUCUUUGUUCCAUGUGAGUGAGCAAAUAAGAGCUAAAGCCGUAUUUCAGACUCAACAGGCACAAUUUGUCACAUGGCAGUUUGAGACCGAAUACAGAGGCAGUGAUUUCACAGCAGCAGUUACGAUUGCCAACCCAGACAUCCUGAGAGAAUCAGUUAUCAUGGUUGCACACUUUCUUCAAAGUGUUUCCCCACAGCUCGUACUGGGGGGAGAGCUGGUGUACCACCGAGGUCGAGCUGAAGAGGGGAGCAUACUUACCUUGGCAGGACAGUACUCAGGGCCAAAUUGGGUGGCAACACUAAAUGCUGGUAAAGGAGGUGCUCAUGCCAGCUACUACCACAGAGCCAACAAACAGAUUCAAGUAGGAGUGGAGUUUGAGGCCAGCACUAGGACACAGGAGUCUACAUUCUCUUUUGGUUACCAAAUGGAACUUCCAGAAGCUAAAAUGGUCUUCAGAGGAAUGUUGGACAGCCGCUGUAUAAUUGGUGGUGUUCUGGAGAAGAGACUCUACCCUCUUCCUGCCACACUGAUUAUGGGUGCCUUUGUCAAUCACAGAGCGGACAAGUUGCAGGUUGGCCUUGGGGUCAUUGUAGGAUAGAUAUGAACCCUUUCUCAGGAGAGGCUCCACUCAAGACUUUGGGAACAACAGAAAACCACCUUCACAUCUGCUCAAAGACAUUGGUUCACUACAGACUACGGACAAAACAGGCAAGCCAACCAAAGCCCUGUUUGCCAUACUGGACAGUUAUGCCGUUCAUGAUGAACAGGAGUGAAGACUUGAGCUUCCAGCUUAAAAAAGACUUUGAUGUCGGUUCCAUCCAGUCUAAUGUUGUUUGCAGUUCUAGCCAUAGAUGCUGGCCUGACCUUCUAAAUAAUCUGAGGCAUAAUGGCAAGUGUGAUAAUGGAAGGAACCACAGUGACAAUGUGAAUUGUAGGGAAUUACGGAAAGGUGAUGGUGUUGCAGAAAUCAAGAUGCCUUUACAGGGACAUAAAGACAAGACAUUCUCUUAAUCAGUUUAGGGCUGGUUAUAGAGUUGACUCUUUAAAGGAGAUUGAUUUUAGGCUUCCAUUGAGGAGGACGCAUUACAGGACUUCUAAUGCACAUGCUUACAAUGCAUAAAAGCUGAUGGCUCAUGGGGAUGCAGGUUCGAACCCGGCCUGUGUCAUGUGCCAAUCCCAUUACCUCACCUCUUUCUCCCCCAUAUUUCCUUUUCUCUCUCUUUACUUAUAAAGAUGGCUAUUUAUGGUUAAAUAGAUGUAAGAAAGACAUCUGAAUCACAAUUCAGUUUGCAAAUAAAUGCAAGAAAGAAAACAAAUCACAAUACCUUAUGCAAAGAGCACAAUGACGUCAUAGCUUUUGAGUACAUUUUGAAUGGCGAACAUUUUAAGAAUAAGUUAAAAGGAGAUUUUUAAACUUCAAGCUAAAUUUCUUAACAAUGUAAAGUUUUUAACAAACAUAAAUAGGUAUCACACUCAAGGCUAACAAUAUAUACAAAACUAUGUUUGAGUGAUUACGUUAAUUGGUUCAACCUGAAUUAUUUGCAGUAAAAUGUGGAAGAGAAGAAGAAUGAAAAUAGAUUGUUUGAACAAUGUCAGUACAGUGCUGCAAGCACAGUAAUUAAAAUGGAUGCAU